AUGCCUGUCGCACAUCUCACAUUGACCGUCUCACAUCUACCAACCUCAACUUCCUUCUUUCUCUCCUGCUUGCAGCCUCUUGGAUACCGAUUUAUCGGCCGCCAUGAUAAUAAUGUUGGUUUUGGCUCCGUGCCUGGAGAGCCUGCAGACUUUUGGAUCGCGGAGGAGAGACCAGGAGUCCCCGCUGGUGCGGCCCAUGUAGCUUUUCCAGCUCCAUCCCGCGAUGCUGUUAGCCAGUUUUUUAUUGCUGCUCUUAAGGCCGGCGCGAAGAUUCAUGGAGAGCCCACGCUUCGUGAUGCGGAACAGAAUUAUUACAGUGCAGCUGUUAUUGAUUUCGACGGCAACAGCAUCGAAGCUGUCCACCGCCCCAAAGGUUCUGGAUCUGGUAAGACUUCCGCUGACAGAGCAUUAACGAUUAUCAAGAAUGGCUCUGUCAUCUCCAAGGCCUCGUCCACCAAGACAGAAAGUGUUGUCCGUGCUAAAGCGGAGAUUGGCAGCUACGUUAGCAAAGCCAAGACAGCAGUAUCAAAGCCAGCUGCCGCAAGUGCCUCUCCACAGAGCAAGGCACCGCCUUCCAUUCAGCUCCAGCAGCAACCUGUGCCGCAGUCCAAGGAUUCUACAAAUGGCGCCAAGGCUGUGGUUGGAACUCUCCUAGGAGCCGCGGCCGGAGCAGCAAUUGCAUAUUCAAUUUUCAAAUCUGACUCGUCGGAACCUACACCAGCACAGCACCAGUAUGUUGAGCAACCUGCCCCUGCUUUUGCGCCAGCACCUGAGCCGACAGUAUACAGGGCCAUAGAAGCAGCACCUGCCCGGAGUAUGACCUUCGGCGGUAUCGAUAACGAAUACGCCGACUACGCGCGGACCAUGCUGUCCAAGAACCCAAGAGCAAGUACCAUCAUGGACGGCCUUGAGAAUUGCUCUAGGAUUUGGGACCAAACCCGAAAUGUCGGAGGCGGUAGUGACCAUGAAUAUCAUGCUCCCCGCCGCGCAUCUAGCGCGAGCGUAUACAGUGGCAUGCAGGAUAUGGACAUCCCGAUCCGUGCCAUAGAAGCCGUUCCUUUCGAAGAGGGCUCCGAAUGUUCCUACUCCUACCCACGUAAACAACCAAGCACCUUCGUCAGCAGCUUCAAAGAGCGGCCCUACCACUACGACGACAACGCCAGCGCCUACAGCUCUUCGACUCUAAAAGCCCCCUCAAAAACCCAUUCUCACUGCAACCACUCAACACACUCUCGCCCUUCCUCGCACCACUCGCACUCUUCCCGCUCCACACGUUCCAUCAUUACCAUCAAGGAUAUCCACUCCAGCUCCAAAUCCUCCACCCCAACCGCCUCCAUCUACUCCACCACCCACUCCGCUCGCAACAUCCCCCUUCCCUCCGGUUCCAUAACCACUAUCUCCACGUCCUCCAGCCGCCGCCACAGCAGGGAUCACCACAGCACCCACGGCGGCAGCUCGCCCACCAAGCAUCACCGCCACCAGUCCUCUUCGGCCUCCUCCUCCCCCACCCGCAGCCACCACUCAAGCAGCAAGCAUUCCCACGCCCAUUCCCACGCUAGCUAUGCAAACUCUCCCCGCCACAUGCCACUACCAGACUCCGUCGCGGGCGCAAGCACGAUAUUCCUGGAAGGUGUAGAUGUCGAUUCGCACGUGACUCCUAUGGCAGCUAGUCGCGCGUCGACGUCGCGCCGAUCCACUCGCUCAAGCAAAUUUGACGAGCCCGUGCGGCCAAGUGAUAGCGUUAGCCAGGUGUCGACAAACGUGUCGAAGAAGAGUAGCCGGAGUAGUCGGAGGUGA